AUGGGAAGGCAACCUUGCUGCGAUAAGGUUGGGUUGAAAAGAGGUCCAUGGACAAUUGAGGAAGAUCAUAAGCUCAUGAACUUUAUCCUCAACAAAGGUAUUCAAUGCUGGCGAAUGGUUCCUAAGCUUGCAGGUUUGCUGAGAUGUGGAAAAAGCUGUAGACUGAGAUGGAUUAAUUAUCUGCGGCCGGAUCUUAAGAGAGGUUGCUUUACAGAAAUGGAAGACAAUCAGAUCAUUCAGCUUCAUUCACGUCUUGGCAACAGGUGGUCUAAGAUUGCUUCACAUCUUCCGGGUCGCACAGACAAUGAAAUCAAGAACCAUUGGAAUACUCGAAUUAAGAAGAGAUUAAAGCUUCUUGGUUUAGACCCUGUUACCCACAAGCCCAUUGAACAAAAGGAAACAGUAAAGGAUGCUAGUGGUGGGGAGCUGGAUGAGUGUACUUCCUUAAAAGAACAAGAUGAAAGCUGGGAAGUCAAGUCACAGGAUCAUGAUGAAGCCAAGAGUGAUUUGGCACAAGUAAAAGAUCAGAAACUUGAGCAAGAUGAAAUGAAAAUAUUGGAUGAAAGUGAUCUUUUGAAGAACUAUGAAAUUUUGUGUGGGAGCUUGGAUGUGGGUUCGUGGAUUAAUCAAGAAACCAAUACAUCUUCUUCUUAUAGUUCUCAAGAAUCUAAUAACAUUUCUGCUGGUGAAUCCCAUUCCAUUCAAGAGAACUCUCUAAGACAAUGGGUUGAUAGUGUGGACUCUUUUCUCCCAUGGGAUAGCUUCAGUCAUCUUGAUGAAGAUCUUUUCUUUCUGGAAAAUAGCCAAUGGAUAUCUGAAGUUGCCACAACUGAUUAG